CGCCCCCACCAGCCCUUCUGAGCAUGUCAUUGAAGAUUACCGGUUUUGAGACCCAUGACGUCCGUUUCCCCACCUCUCUGACGGGAGACGGGACAGAUGCGAUGAACACUGACUGUGACUACUCGUCUGCAUAUGUUUCGCUCUUCACGUCUGGUGACCUUGUCGGUCAUGGCAUGACCUUCACCAUUGGCCGCGGCAACGAUAUCGUCUGCGCCGCAAUCAAGGAACUUGCCCAGCGGCUCGUGGGUAAGAACACGGAGGAGCUCUUCGCUAAUAUGGGCAAGACGUGGGACCAUCUCUGCUCUGACCCACAGUUGCGGUGGAUUGGCCCCGAAAAGGGUGUAAUCCACAUUGCACUCGGUGCUGUGAACAAUGCUUUGUGGGAUAUGUAUGCGCGAUCGCGGAGCAAGCCUCUCUGGAAACUCAUUGUAGAUAUGACACCGGAAGAACUUGUGAAUGCGACCGCCUUCCGUUACAUCACCGAUGCUAUAACGAAAGAAGAAGCCCUUGCAAUGCUUGAGGAAAAGGCUGCGACCAAAGCGGAGCGCGAGGUGCACGUCCGCGAAGUCGGUUACCCGGCCUACGUGACGUCGGCAGGCUGGCUAGGAUAUAGCGACGAGAAGGUCGCACGACUCACGAAGGAGGCCGUCCAAGCCGGCUUCAACCACUUCAAGAUGAAGGUCGGCGCGGAUCGUUCAUCAGACCUCCGCCGUGGCAAGAUCAUCCGCUCUAUCAUUGACGACUCCGCGCAUUUACCCGCGGACAUCGCCCCCCGCGACCCAAAUGGACCAGACCUUAUCGGCAAGAACGCUGGCCCAACAGGCUGUGUGCUGAUGAUUGAUGCGAACCAGGUGUGGGAUGUUCCACAGGCGAUCGAGUAUGUCGAGAGCUUGCAGGAGAUCAAGCCAUGGUUCAUCGAGGAGCCCACUGCCCCCGACGACAUCCUCGGCCACGCAGCAAUCCGCAAGGCACUCAAGCCCUACGGCAUCGGCGUCGCGACGGGCGAGCAUGCGCACAACCGCAUGGUUUUCAAGCAGCUGCUCCAGGCCGAGGCCAUAGAUGUCUGCCAGAUCGACUCGUGCCGCCUCGCGGGCGUGAGCGAGGUCCUGAGCGUGUUGCUCAUGGCUGCCAAGUUUCGUGUGCCCGUGUGCCCACACGCGGGUGGCGUCGGCCUGUGCGAGUACGUUAUCCAUCUGAGCUUGAUCGACUACAUCGCCGUGUCGGGCUCGAUGGAGCGCAAUGUGCUCGAGUUUGUGGAUCACCUCCACGAGCACUUCCUGUACCCGUGCAGCAUCAAUAACAGGGGCCGAUAUAACGUGCCGAGCAACCCUGCGGAAGGCUACAGCAUUGAAAUGCAUAAUGACAGCAUUGCACGCUUCGAAUGGCCGCAUGGGUCUUACUGGGUCAACGAACACGCUGCAGCCAAGGCGAGGGGAGUUAAUGGGCACUAGGAGGCAGUCUUAACUCAGUGCCAAAAAAAAAAAACUCCCCGAGAUCCUCUGUCUCUGUAAUUUAUUUGGAACACAAAAGACGUCAUCAUUCCACUCGUAGGUUUGGUAUAGGAUCUGCUUAACGCCUCUAUACAUUGUAUUCCGCGAAGCGAUGAUUAUUAGCUACUGUACAAACAGUGCAUGAGAA